CCUGGGGCCAUGGGCCGCGCACGCGCGCCGGGGACCCGGUCACCGCCGCCGCCGCCGCGGGUGCCGCCGCUGCCGCUGCUGCUGCUGCUGUCGUCGUCGCUGCUGCUGCUGUCCCCGAGCGUGCAGGGCGACUGCGGCCCACCUCCAGAAAUGCCUAACGCCACGCCAGAGGUGGAUGGGAAAACCAGUUUUCCCGAGUACAGCAAUGUGGUAUAUUCAUGUAAUAAAGGCUUUAAGAAAAUUCCAGACAAGGAACACACAGUGUUGUGUCUUGAAAAUGGUCAAUGGUCUACCAUCGAAACAUUCUGUAAUAAAAGCUGUGAUGCUCCAACAAGAGUGUCUUUUGCAUCUCUCAAAAAGGAAUAUAACAACUUGAAUUAUUUCCCGAUUGGUACCACUGUAGAAUAUGAAUGUCGGCCAGGAUUUCAAAGACAACCUUUACUAUCAGGCAUAUCAACUUGCCUUGAGAAUUUAGAAUGGUCCAAAGUUGAAGAAAUUUGUAAAAAAAAAGUAUGUCCUAAUCCUGGAGAAAUAAAAAAUGGUCAUAUCACCAUAGUAACCGACAUAUCAUUUGGUUCAGAAAUACGCUUCUCAUGCGACACAGGGUACAGGCUGGUUGGCUCAACCUCUAGCUUCUGCUCUCUUUCCGGAAAAACCGUCGCGUGGAGUGAUGAAUUUCCCGAGUGCAUAGAAAUUUUGUGUCCAGAUCCACCACAAAUCGAGAAUGGACGUAUUAAAGAGGAAAGUGAUACUUAUGCAUAUAGACACGCUGUCACCUACGUGUGUGACAAAGGCUUCGUCCUGCUUGGAAAGAGUUCCAUUUAUUGUAACGUGGAUAAUGGCCAAGGGAAAUGGAGUGACCCAGCACCCCAGUGCAUAGAGAAAUCCAAGAUCCCAUCAACAUCUCAGAAACCCACCACAGUUAAUGUUCCAGGUACAAGAGUCCCACCUAAACCUCAGAAACCUACCACAGUUGAUGUUCUAGGCCCAAGAGUCUCACCAGCCUCACAGAAAUCCACCACAGUUCAUAUUACAGUAACGCAGCGUGUACCUGCUACCAAGACAACCACACGUCAUCCACCAGGAACAUCUAAAGAUAAAGAAAGGUCUACCUCAGAUGGUAACCGUCUUAUAUAUGGACUUGUUGCUGGUACUAUAGUGAUUGAUAGCAUACUUAUACUCAAAACUUCUUGGAUCCUUUUCAAACCAGACAGAAGCUCUGACUACCGAGAACAGAAGAGGGAUGUCUCAGUGUAAGAAGAGAACACGAAUCCACUCUGUCCGUCUGUUCACCCUUUUAGGGGGGUGCUCAAAGGAUUAGAUGAUGGCUGCCAACAUUGUGAGGUUUAUCUUCUUUAUUUAUACUACUGACUCAAAUGUUUAGAAACAUUCCAAAACUCAGCCAGAAAUAGUUUUACUAGCUAUCUGGGAAGCCCUUUUGUGAGUACAAGUUGGCACAUGAAGUUAAUAAUUAACACACACACACACACACACACACACACACCUGCCUUGAAAACACUAGAGAAAUUGAGUACCUUAAGAUUCUUCUUUCUUUUUUUAAAAAUAAUUUAUUUUUAUUUUAUGUGCAUUGGUAUUUUGCCUACAUGUAUGAGGUUGCCAGAUUCCCCUGGAACUGGAAUUACAGACAGUUGUGAGCUGCUAUGUGGGUGCUGGGAAUUGAACCCAGGUCCUUUGGAAGAGCAGCCAGUGCUCUUAACAUCUGAGCCAUUUCUCCAGACCCAAGUUUCUUAUUUCUAAAUGCCUUUCUACAGUGAACGAAAUUAGGAUUCCUUGAAGAAAGCCGAUUUCAAAAGGGAAGCAGGAAAAAUAGAUGAGCAUGAGAAAUGUUCCCAAGUAUCAGAAAUUAAGGGUUUCAGAAAAUAAGUACUUAAAAAUGACAGGGACGUAUUCAAAAGACUCAGAGCCCAGCAUCAAUAAGUCCUACCAAUCAAACUUGAGAUACUUCAAGCCAAUACAUUGGUAAUAAAUUACGGAAUUACAGUGUAGUUUGAGUCUGUGCUGUGUAAAUCAAGAGCUGAAUUUUCCUUCCAGUAGAUCUAGCUAAAACAUGGAGGAGUUACAGAUUUAGAAAAAUAAGCAUGGGCAGAUUCACAGCAAUAAUAUUUCAGGCAAUAAUCAUUAAUGGAUGCUAGAGUUACCCGUGAAAAUCUGAUGAGACAUCAGAUCAUUAUGUAGUUUUUAGUUUUCUAUCCCAUAGGACACUUUCACACAACACUUAAACUUCCAAGAUGUUUCUAACAUAAAACUUGAUAUUUACUGUUUUAACAACAUGAUCCUUGUGCCGCAAGCAGCGGGAAAGAUAACAGUUCUUUUGAAUAUGGCAAAUAAGAACUUAACAUCUUUUCUAUGGUUUUUGUCAAAAAUUCAUAAGUGAAAAAAAUACACAAAUAACAGAUUCAAGCUAUGAGGAAGCUUCAGAAAAAAAAAUGACUUGGGGGCGGGCUACACAAUAUGGACCUGCGUUUUUCCAAUGCGAUAGGCUCAUACUUCAUUGAGUAGAAGAGCUAAAAUAAGCUAAUUAUUAAAAAAGAAAGGGAGCCCAGAUGGUAGUGACCAAGACCAGCCAUAUCACCGUGCUGGACGGGUCCCGAAGGGGAGGGCCGGGGAUGGAAAAGAAACAGAUGAUGAAAGGAAGGAAAGCGUCAAAGGCGGCUGACAGGAGGGGGGGGUGUCUGCGGAAGCUGAUGAGCCAGGCGGACAACUCGGUUAAUGGCGUGCCUUUUUAUACCCCUCAAAUGGGGAAGCAGAACACAAAUCCGUAAAGAUAAAAUCAGAUAACAGAAACGCAGGAACUCAAGAUAUCUCAAGUUCCCCUUUAGUGAGGCACGUUCUGGGUUUGCAGACAAAGCAUUUGACACAUACAUACGGGGACUACACCACCCCGCACCCCCCAGCCCCUGGUGCCCUGGCACCAGUACCCAGCUGGCCUUGUGUGGUAUGAUCCUGACUAGGAGAGGAGCAAAAUGCCUGCAUCCCAUCACCAGGGCCUCUGGACAGUCUCCAGUCUUGCCCCCCACAGGUAGAGAGUGCUUGUCUAGCAUGCAGGCAGCCUUGGUUUAAGCUUUGGUGCCAUAUGAAUUGGGUACAGUGGUACAUACGCUCUGGAGGUGGAGGCAGGAGCAUGAGAAGUUUGAGGUCAUCAUUUACAUAGAGAGUCUGAGGCACGACUGGGUACAUGAGAAUGCUUUUCUUCUUUUUAUGAAAGUAGUUUCUCACUUGUCCUUCCACUGGUAAGCAGAUAAUGAAAAUAUGGUACAUCCACACAAUAGAAUUUUUUUUUUAUCUGUAACGAAAAGUGAGCCAAGUUCACAGAUAAAUGGAUGAACUAGAUAAAUUAUACUGAGCAGGAAAGCCCAGGCAGAGGAAGAGAAAUUCCCCAUACUCUCUCUCAUAGUGAAUCCUAGCUCAAAGAUUUGUGUGUUUAACCUGGAGUACAGAAGCUACUCAAGGGCUGUUGGAGUUGGAGAUGCCUCAAGGGAGCGGGUUAGCAUAACACAGGUGAGAUGAAAACAGAGAAGGAGGAAAGGGGGAGGUGGAAAACUUAAGCAGGGAUGGGUAUGAGGGAAAGGAGAGAUGUGGCGUGGGGGGGGGGACCAAUCAAAACUAAAGAUGUAUGAAAAACACAGAAGCUUGCUACUUUAUAAGCCAAUUAAAAAUAUAAGUUAAAUAAAAGAGAUUUACAAGGGGGAGGUUCAGCAUGACUGGGUAAUUGUGUUCCUGAAAGCCAAAGGUUACCGAACAAAUUCCAGGUCUGGAUAUGAGACACUUCCUUAAGACUUGUAGGUCAUACAGGCCCCAGAGCUCCUGCUAGUCUUCUUGGUUGCAUGCCAGAAGGAGCUGAUAAGAUCCUGUCACUGAAGAAAUCACACGCUUUGGUUGCAGCUGCAGAGAUAUCAACCUGGAACUGCGCUGGAAGCGUCCUCCAUGCUGGGUAGCUUUCCCAGGGUGGAAGAUGCUGUCCAGGCCGCUGUGAAAUGUAUUAAUGGGCUUAUUCUGAUGUGAAUCCUUUAAGCUACAAUACCAACCUGCCAGGCAGGAUGUACCCAUUUGUGCAAUAGUAACACACCUGUGUGUGAAUAAGCGAUUGCUCCAUGAUUGGAUUUGAGGUCACUUUGUACCCUGAACUGGUGAAAGGCUCUUGUCUGUGGAGGUCAUAAGCCUGGUGGGGAAUUCACUAUGCUUGUUCAGCUACAUUGACACAGCAUCAGACUGCCUUUUGAUGUUUGUAUUUAUACCAUGAUCACAUGAUGCUCUCAGCCUUAACCAGAGAAGACUGCAGUGAAAGAAGGUAAAUGCAGGGAUUCAAGGCUCUUCCAAGGUACCGGGAACAUGAUGGUUGAGGGCUCACCCCAUGCCUAUGUGCCUGUGUAUGUACAACAUGCACACUCAAUGUGUGUACGUAUGUGUGCCUUGGUAGACUGUGUACUUGUGUGGGCAUAUGUAAAUAGAUGGGUGCAUGGUAACAUAUUUGUGUACUCUGUGCUCAAUGCAUAGGUGUACUGUUGUGGAAUAUUUGUUUACACUGUGUGAAGAUGUAUUGUUGUGGUUGGUAUAGUAAAGAGCUGAACGGCCAAUAGCUAGGCAGGAAGAGGUUAGGUGGGACUUCCAGGGACUGAGAGGCCUCUUGGAAGAAGAAAAGAGGAGCUGCCAGCCAGAUAGGGAGAGAAAAUAGGAAGUGCAAGAUGGAAGAGAGGUACUCAUUAUUUUUGAGCUGGCUGCCCAAAGGAAACUCCGAUUACAGUGUACUUAUAAAGGUAUGUGACUGUGUGAACCAAUGUGAACAUUAAUGUAUAAAUGUGUGUAAAUACUCAUGUAUGUUUCUAUGUAGAUAAGUGUGAAUGCAUGUGUGUCUGUGUAUGUGUCCCUAUGGGUACAGAUCUGUACACAUGUACAUGUGUGCAUUUGUGUGUGUCUCUCCCUAUGUGUGUGUGCCUCUGUGAACAUGUUUUUAUGUGUGUGCAUAUACGCAUGCAUUUGCACACUUCUGCCAAUGUGUAGUUAAUUGCCCAUGCACAUGUGUGUGCACUUGCAUAAUUAUGUAGCUAUGUAGUCCUGUAUGAACAUAUUUACUUUUGUGGGCCUGUGUACAUACAUGUACACAUAUGUGUCUAGGCUCUUUUCUCAAUCCACAGCUUACUUCCAUUCUUAGGAGUGCUUUUGCUUUCUUUCUGUUUUAAGAUUUAUUUUUAUUUUGUAUGUAUGUAUGUUUUGUCUGCAUGUAUGUCUGUGUGCCACCUGUGUGUCUAUCAUACCGGUGGGAACAGGAAGAGGGUAUUGGAUCCCCAGGAACAAGAGUCACAGACAGUUGUGAACUGCCAUGUGGGUGCUGGGAAUUGAACCUGAGUCCUCUGGAAAAGCAGCCAGUGCUCCUAACCACUGAGCCAUCUCUCUAGCCCACUUCUUACAGAGUGUCCAUGUUUAUCCCAUUCCUGGUUUUUCCUUCAUCUCUCCUCCUGCAGCUGUCAGGGUUUUCAACGCCUGUUCUCAUCUCAAGUUCUAAUAAAA